CUGAGUAGUAGUGCUGACAGCAGAAGAACAUGCGCAGCGCACAUACAGAAUGCUGGCCAAAGUGCAUGUGAGCUGUAGCAUGCAGCGUUCAGAGCAUGUUCCUCUUUUUUGUCCUUGUCUUCCCUUCUCUUGCGUUUCCCCUUUAUUUUGUCAUCAUUGCUGGCUGAAUAUAACGGAUGUUCCUGUAGGACUGUGCACCCUGUAAUCUCACUGUCAAGAUCAGUGCAACGAUGGCAGAAGAACGUGAAUUUGACCUGAACUACAUGACAGAGCGCAUCAUUGCUGUAUCCUUCAAUCACACAUGCCCGGAAAAGACCUACCUACACAACUUAUACAACAUCACACAGAUGUUACAAUCCAAACACUCAGACAAAUACAUGGUUAUGAACCUUUCAGAGCCCAGGGAAGAGUUAAGUAGGAUAAACGUCAGGGUCCUGGAUGUUGGCUGGCCUGAACAGCAUGCUCCAUCCUUACAUUUACUGUGCUCUGUGUGUAAAAGCAUCGAGAACUGGCUCAACACACACAGUGAACACGUCCUUCUGCUACACUGCAGGGGCACAAAAGACCGGAUAGGAGUAGUAAUUUCAUCCUACAUCAACCUUCCUAGUGUCUCCGGCAGGGAAGAGAAAGCUUUAGACUGCUACACCAUGAAAAAGUUCUACAGUGAUAAAAUGGCUUCCCUUAUGACUCCUUCUCAGAAAAGGUAUGUGCAGAUGUUUGGCAAGCUCCUGGUCCGUCAGAUAAAGAUAAACGCCUCUCCUCUUCUCUUCCACUGCAUCUCUCUGAAGCACUUGCCAAACUUGCACCCCACAGUAGGUGGACUUUUUGUGAGAGUUUACCAAGACAUGCAGCUGGUGUGCACAACAGGAGUACAUCAGGUCUCUGCGGAGCAAACAGACAAAGUGUAUUUUGCGCUGGAACCACCACAGCUUCUCAAAGGGGACAUCAUGAUUGUAUGCUAUCAUAAGAACAUUGUCAAGAGGAGCAGAGAGACUGUGUUUCGUAUACAGUUUCACACAGGCACUCUUCAUGGACACACUUCAGUCUUCCACAAGAAGGACCUUGAUCUUGCAAAUACAGAUCCAAGAUUUUUGGAGGAAGGACAAGUGGAGGUCAUUUUCUCAGAAAAUAUGGCAAAACUUUCAGGUUUUCCACAAGUUACUCUGUAUGAAGGUAGCGUUGGCUGGAAGAACAGCUCUGCCGUUAUCAUUGACUAUGACACUCUGGAUCCUCUAGUUCACUGGGAUUCUUAUGAGAACAUUACAGCAGGAGCUCAGCUGACCGAAUGUACAACAUCCUCCGUGAGCAGUGAUUCUGGACUCUCCACUACCUCGCUGUGUAUUGGAGCAGCAGGCGCAGGACUCCAAAGCCAGAAAGCCAUUCCUAGGGGCAGCAUGGCAGGAGAGCAGCCACGUGUGCAAGUCCUAACCUCUGAAACUGCCAUCACAAGCAACGGAUAUGAAAGAGCAAGAGAAAUUUUUCAUCAUAUCGACCCUGCUUUUCACGUGAAUGGUCAAAACACGAGUGCACAACGAGAAACCAAUAUCCUAGAUGAUGAGGAUGAAAGUCCAUCUGUUGCUAUAGUGACCGACUCUAAAGACACAGGCUUUAAACUUCCUAUUUUGUGUAGACAAGAAUACUCUCUUCAGUCAGAAGAUGCUGGAGAUGUAGUUCAGCUGGACGGCACACGGACUCACGCUCACGUGUCGUCUAGCAGUGAUCAGACACACAUAUGGGUGAAACAGCAACAGCUAGUCUCUGCUGAUCCUUACAUGUACAACAGGUCCGAUAAACUGGAACAAAAAAUUCAAUUAGGGAUUAAAAAUGACUUUCUUGAGGCAGAGCCAGAGCAAGACAAGGAUGACGAAUUUGCUUCCCUCGCUUUAGAUAUUGACCAAUCCAUCGAGCAGCUGAACCAACUGAUCCUAGACCUGGACCCGGAGUUUGAACCCGUACCCACAAUGGCUAGGGGUCACGUGACUUGCUCAACCACCAAUGGAGUUGGAUUCUUAGUUGGUCAAGCAAGAUCCAGCCAAUCAGGCUGGAGGAAUAAGUCGACUACUAAUGAGCCUGCAUCCAGAUGCAGCGAAGGUGAUUUUUUACAGCCAGUAUUAAAUCUUGCUGUCUACAAAUCAUCUGAGUCUGGAGGUCUGUAUAGUAGUGACACAGUGGAUUAUGGGGAUUUUAUUCAUGAAGCUGACAGUCUGUUAUGGGUAGAUCUUAACCAGCCUCCACCUACACCAGCAUUUCCUGUGACGCCUCCUACACCUUAUGUGAAGGGUGUGUAUGACUUUUCCCGUGUGAGUCUCAGCUCUCCGCCUGGGACACGACACCUGCUUUCAAGGACACAGCAAGAAUCGCGGGGAUACAUGGAUAAUAUGACACACUCUUCCGUGUCAUCAGAUGGAGACUUGUUUCACGCCGAAGUAACAUCAAGACCUGCUCCAUGUCAGAGAGGGUUUGGUUCCAUUUGCUCAGUGAGCACCUCAAGUCCACUUCCCAACAUGGACAGCACCGGUCCAACUCAUUCAUGGUUAGAAAGUGGUUCUAACACCCCUCUGAGUUACUACAUACCCCAGCCUUCACCUCCACCAUUGCUUUCCACACCUAAUGCCCACAGCUCCCCUCAUGCCCUGCCAUCCAGUCUUGAUGUAGGGAACUUGGAGCUUAGUCUACUGGAAGCGAUGGAGGGUCUGGAGUCUCUGGGCCUGAAUGGAACACAGCCACCGCUCUUACCUCAGAAGAGGAGAGGGAUAGAUAGAGCAGAGAUCUCCCUGAUCUCACCACUCCACCUAAGUAGAGGUUCCAAUCACAGUGGGUCACCUACAGCAUCUUCUCCCAGUCCAGAUUCCUUUUGUACUAAGGCUGACAACGUGAAAUUUGUUCAAGACACGUCAAAGUUCUGGUAUAAGCCGGACAUCUCGAGAGAGCAGGCCAUCGCACUGUUGAAAGACAAAGAUCCAGGCGCCUUCAUCGUCAGAGACAGUCACUCGUUCAGAGGAGCGUACGGACUUGCCAUGAAGGUGGCCACACCCCCUCCUUCUGUCCUACAGCAGAGCAAGAAAGCGGGAGAUCUGACCAGUGAGCUUGUGCGCCACUUCCUGAUUGAGUGUACACAGAAAGGAGUGAGACUGAAGGGCUGCCCAAACGAACCCUACUUCGGAAGCUUGACAGCGCUUGUGUGCCAGCAUUCCAUCACACCACUGGCCUUGCCCUGCAAACUAAUCAUCCCAGACAGAGACCCUUUGGAAGAGAUGAACGAGUCUCAAGGACAAACAUCUACAAACUCAGCCACUGAGUUACUGAAACAAGGAGCAGCAUGUAAUGUGUGGUUCCUGGGCAGUGUGGAGCUGGAGACUCUGACAGGUGUACAAGCAGUACAAAAGGCCACCACAGUGAGUCUCAGUCAGGAUCCUCCAGCAACCUCCACUAUCGUCCACUUCAAAGUGUCUACACAAGGCAUCACACUUACAGAUAACCAGAGGAAAUUGUUCUUUAGGAGACAUUAUCCUGUCAACACAGUCAUAUUCUGUGCCCUGGACCCUCAGGACAGAAAAUGGACCAGAGACGGCUGUUUAAAUGCAAAGAUCUUUGGCUUUGUAGCUAGGAAGAGUGGGAGCAACACGGGGAACGUGUGUCACCUUUUUGCCGAGCAUGACCCCGAGCAGCCGGCCAGUGCUAUUGUCAACUUCGUCUCCAAGGUGAUGAUUGGCUCCCAGAAGGCCAAAUAAAGUCAAACGUGCCCUUUUGUCCAACCAUUGUCAUAUUCUCCUCUAAAUAGAGACGCACAUGACAACUGUUACCUUCAUACGCAUGGACAUGCAGACUGGCAUCACCAACAAUAAUCAACAUUUGAUGACAUCAAAACUACUGCGACAUAUAGACUACAUUGUUGUAGGAGGACUAUCGAGGACUAGAGAAUGAUCUUUGCUCAGUGUAACACAUAUUUAAAUGAGCAAAGGUCCACCCAUUUGUGCUUCAUGGCCUUGAACUCACCACAGGCUGCUUUGUGUCUUUUUCACACAUCAUCCUAUAGAGGGAGUCCCAUCAUCUCAUCUUAAAAUAACUUUAAAUUACCAGCUGUGUUGGUUGCAAAAAGAAGCAGCAUGUGAUCUGCAUACCAGAGUCACAGUCUGUACUGUGCAAAGACUGCAAGUCGUGUGAGAAUGCUUUCCCAAGUCCGUUUCCAGUAAGCCUCGAUAUGAAAGCUUUAUAAAUUCCUUAAAACGUUUCUCAGCACUGUUUUAUUUUCCCAGUGACAUGCAUCAGUGACAACUUCAGUAAACUGCACUGAACCUCUUGUAUCAAACAGACGUCCAAUAUCUGUUAUUAUUUUUGCUUUGCCAAAUAUCUGUCUAAAAGAUAGUGUUUUUAUUUUGUUUUUGGUUCGGUUAUCAGUGUUCAGAUACAGAAUCUGGGCUGCUUAAUAAGUCAAAGAGUUUAAUAACCAUCGGAAAAAAAGUAAUGCUUAUGGCAUCUUUACCAAAUUCUUUCUGAAAUUGGAAUGUGUCUCUGUUACUGCUAUAAAUUAAAAGUAAUUAAUAUUCUACUGUACCAAUUUCAAAUCUGAUAUAAAUAACCAGUGACAUUUGGCAUAUUCUAUUGGAAAUAUAUGUAUCCUGUAUGCACAUUGCUCAUAUUUUGUCUAUACUUCUUGUCUAGGUGUCAUCAGUCAUAUACUUUAAUCAUUUGACCCUAGGAGCACUUUAGUAGUGGAAGGAAUUUCAUCGUUACACCAACUGAUUUAUAAGCUGUCCAGCUUUUUCUAUUGCUUGUUAACUAUUUUUUUUUUUAUAACCGAUUAAUCAACCCUAGUAAGUCUCACGAUGAAUCAUAUAUAAUGGAAGUGCACAUUUUUUUUUUUCGCAUUUUAUUACGUCUGUUUAGAAAAUGUGUGUAUUCAUCUCAUGCUUGUCAGCAACAAGGAAAGUGCUUAGAUAAGCAGCUAACCAGUAAAGUCAGGGUAAAUAAGAGCUGAAAGUGCUGCUUUUAUAUAUAUAAUUCAAGUAUUUGUUCGACUCUAUCCUUUCACUCACUUUCUUUUUUCCUCCCAGUGCAGCAACCUAAUUAGUUAAGGAAAAUUGUCACUUUUAUUUUAGCACCAUUUUUCACCAUUGGUGCUUGCACACUAGUUCAUUUCCCACCACUGAAUAACACACUGAUGAUGAGAAUAAUAGUUCAUUCUAGUUGCUGCUGUAAAAUUGUAAAAUUGUAAUACAAGCCUAAGUAAAUUGUUUCAUCAAAACUGCGAGUGUAUUAACUUUAAACAGCACCUAAUAACAUAAACAGUAUAUUUAUUCUGUAAAUAACAAUUGCAAGAUGUGCAAUAUAUCCAGAACUUAAACCCCAGGUUUUUACCUAGUACACACUCUCUCUCUCUCUCUCUCUCUCUCUCUCUCUCUCUCUCUCUCUCUCUCUCUCUCUCUCUCUCUCUCUCUCUCUCUCUCUCAUAACCUCCAUCUUCAUUCACGUGUAUUUGUUGUAAAUGGUGUAUAGAUAUGUCUACAUCGUAUAUUCUUAUAUAAUAAAAGCAAUUGGACAA